GAGCCCAUUUCCUUCCGGAUAAGACUGAAUUGGUCAAUUCGGCAGCGGUCGCGAGGGAACCCAUCCAACCGCCGUCUCUAUGGCCUACAACGGCGAGCCGCCGGUGCCGGUGGUGGUCGCCAACGUCGACCACCACCCAGCGCCCCUCCUUGGUCUCUUCUUCGACUCACCGCUUCAACAUGUCUUUCACAGUGGCCUCCCCUGCACCCCCGCCUUCGCUCCCGCCCACCGGAGCAAUCCGGAUCUCGUGGCCGCCAUCUUGAGCGGUGACUUCUUCCUCACCACCCUCCAUGCGCGCGAUCACCCGCAAGCUUUGUGGUCCGUCUUAGACGCCCGUGGCGGCUACCUUCUCCUCCGCGGGGGCGGGACAUUGCUCGCGCUGCUAAACCCCUUGGCACGGCGGUGCGAACGCAUCUUCGAUCUGAGGGACACCCACAUCUUCGACGACGAAAAUUACCUCGAAGGCGAUCCAGGACUCGCUUACGGUGGCCUGAUCUGCGAUGACGAAAACCCCACGAGCUUUCGCAUCUUCUGUCUUGCUUCCCAUGGAGAGUUCAGGUUGCGGGCUGCGGUCUUCUUCUCGUUCUUGGGAAUGGGCGGCGAUUGGUUCCUCUCCCCAUGGUUGGAUGUCCCGCACCAUCCCCAUGGUAACCCGCAUCAAUUUUACCUUGAUAGCGGCAUGCGAGUGGGUAAUUUCAUCUACUGGCCUUACCGGAAUCGUUCGUAUGUGGUUGUCUUGGACCCCGACCCAAACAACCCGCGAUUGUUUGUUGAGAUGAUCCCACCUCUCCUGAAUCUGAAUGGUUUUCGCAGCUCGGUCCUUGGCCAAAUUAAUGGCGGUAACAUGUGCAUUGCUUAUUCAAAUGGAUUCAACAUUGGUUUCAUGCUGCGUCAAGAAGAUGGCCUUGAUGCUGGGGCAUGGGCUAACAUCAGGGUACCCAACCUGGCUAAUUUAGUUGAAAUGAAGCUUGGGCACUUACCGGAGAAUGGGCUGGAAAUUGCGGCAAUGCGGGGUAGCAUCCUGUACUUGACAACAUCAGAGAUGUUCCAUGGGCCUCAUGCCCUUUCUUGGUUCGCUUGUCUGUGCUUGGAAAGUGGCAGGCUGGAGUGGUUGUUUGCGAGGAUGUAUGAUGGUUUCUUCCAACCAUACCACCAUUCAUCGUGGAGUACUUCUCUGUUACCAGAGUGUGAAAGAUUUGAUCCCUUCAUAUGAGGAAUGAUGACAACCAGGGAAGGAUAAUCUGUGAAAAGCAUUGCCUUGUUCUCCUGCUAAACCAAAACACCCAGCUACCAUCCAGAACUGAUCUCUUCUUUGGACCUGAAGGUCCUGACGAAGUUCCUUGAUAUUCAGGAUUCAGUGACAAGUCAAUCCUGUAUUUUGAUCGUUUAUGGUAAUUGUUGUUGUCUUCUGUUACCAAACUUACCAUUUACAUUGUGGGUGAAUUACUUCAUCUGUUCCUUGACAUUCAGGAUUCAGUGAUUAUUCAAUCAUGUGUAUUUUGUUCGUUA